AUGGCUCCCAAGAAGGCUGCUGCUGAGACGAAGAGUGAGAGCGCGCCCGCCGCCGCUGCUCCUGCCACCAAGGAGACCAAGGAUACCAAGGACACCAGCGCUCCGUCUAAGAAGACUAAGAAGACGCCGAACCAUCCUACCUAUCUUGACAUGAUUACGGAUGCCAUUAUCGCGCUCAAAGAUCGCAAUGGCUCCAGCCGGCAAUCCCUGAAGAAGUAUGUCAAGGCCAACAACAACAUCACUGUGUCGGACAGCAUGUUCGACUCCUUGUUUAACAAGGCCCUCAAGGCCGGCGUGAAGAAAGGCAUCUUUGAGCAGCCCAAGGGCCCCUCUGGCGGCACCAAGCUCGCCAAGAAGCAGCCCGCUCCUAAGAAGGCUGCCAAGAAGGAGGGAGAGAAGAAGGAGGGCGAGAAGAAGAAGGCUGCCCCCAAGAAGGCCGCCCCCAAGAAGGAGGGUGAGAAGAAGGAGGCCAAGGAGAAGAAGGAGACGAAGAAGGCAGCUCCCAAGAAGGCCGCCCCGAAGAAGGCCGCCGCUGAGAAGAAGGAGGACAACUUGACCAAGACCAAGUCUGGUCGCGUUACCAAGGCCGCCCCCAAGACUGCCGGCAAGAAGGCCGCGCCAAAGAAGGCUGCUGCCGGCAAGAAGAAGGAGCCCAAGAAGGCGGCGGAGAAGGCUGAGAAGCCCGCUGAGGCGCCGGCCGCUUCGUCGUAA